AUGUUUACAAUUGCAAACACGAAGGAUAGUUUACAAGAAUUAUGCUUUCCUAAAGAACUACAACAUUUAACUAUACCAAAUGACCAGCAACCGUUUGGUCACGGUGCUAUUUGUAAAGUGUUCAAAGUAAAUGACUAUGCUAUCAAGUGCCCACAUGUUCCUGUAAGCGGAAGACAAAUUGAAGAUGCAUUAAUUCAUGAAAUUACUAUCGCUCGAUCACUUGCUCAUAUUCCAAAUGUUGUCAGCGUUUAUGGAGGAGUAAAGCUCCCGAAUCAUGGAAUUAGUAUUGUCAUGGAAUAUAUUAACGGCUGCAGUCUUGCUAAUGCGCUUCAGGAUGGUACAAUUGCAGCUCUAUCGUUGAAACACCGAUUAAAAAUUGCACUCGGUAUUGUUAAAGGACUUGCCGAAGUACAUUUAGCUGAUAUUAUUCACAGAGAUCUUAAACCAGAGAAUAUAUUACUGCAGAAGGAUGUGGAUGGUUAUGUACCAAAGAUUGCCGACUUUGGAGUAAGUUUCCUACUGCGUACUGCAUCAGCGACUCAUUUAAAACAUUCGGCUGGAACAGUGGGAUAUGAUCCUGUUGAAGUUGCUAAUGGUGAUAUUGCUACAAAAAAAGCAGAUAUUUAUGCUUUGUCGUUUGUUUUGUAUGAGCUUCUAACCUCUAAAAGACCUUUCGCAAAUAUGAAAGAGGUGCAAAUCAUUACCAGGUUUACGUUGAAUGGACAGAGACCUACUGACUGGUCUGUUCAACGCAAUGAUACAGAGACUGUUCCAAACAGUAUUCGCUCUGUAAUUGAAGCAGGUUGGACACCUGCGGCAGAUUCCAGACCAAGUAUUGGAGCAUUUGUGGCAGCUUUUAGACAAGCUGUAUCACAACAAGAGUCAUGUAUUAAUAUGAUGAAGAACACCAUUGGAUUCUAUAUGAAAGAUCACACAACACAUGAGAAUGUAUUCGACAAAUAUGAAGGAUUUGACUUGUUUAUGUUGGCAGUGCUUAUUCAAAGGAUUGUUGUGGAAGAUGUUGAUGCUAUCAGCAUACUAAUUGGUAAAUUGAAAGCAGAGCAAUUCUGGAUAACACAAUUCCUCGUGUAA